AUCAUUUUAAAUUUUCAGACUUUCAUGUUACAGGAUUAAAUCCAUUGAACAUUAGAGGAAAGUCAAGUGACAAAAAUGUAAAAUCAGAGAAGAACAAAAGCUCUGUCAUACUUUUUAAAUAAUCUGAGCCUCAUCUACAGCCUCCGAAUGGACUUGACAACAUCCUGCGGCCUCUUCAAAUGGAGGCCAAAGUUUCUGCAGCGACUGGCCUCUAGAAAGAUGUAUGUACUGGUGUACUCUCUGUUGGGAGUAAUACAAGGAAUGGGGUACAGUUAUCUCAGUGCAUCACUAUCUACUAUAGAGAAACAGUUUGGAAUGAAGAGUACGGAGACGGCCUGGGUGUUCUCUGGGAACGAGAUCAGUCAGAUCUGCUUCAUUGUCCUCCUCCCCUUCCUCUCAAGGAUCAAGAAGAGAACCCUCUGGACAUCAGUAUCUAUGGUUUUCUCAGGAUUCGGAAUAUUUAUGUGUGCUAUCCCAUUCCUGGUAAAGGAUAAGGCUGAGUAUAGUUCGGGUUGGGAUCUACAGGGUUCAGCUCCGUCUACUCUAUGUAUACCCGGAGUCAGUUCCAAGCAACAUUGUUCUGCAAAAAAGGUGCGGGACUGGUCUGGACUUCUCACAAUAUUCUUCGGAUUCUUCAUUUCUGGGUUUGGAACAUCAUUCUACUUCUCCUUUGGGAUUCCAUUCGUAGAUGACAAUGUUCCAAAGAAAAACUCUCCAUUAAUUUUAGGAGUAAUCAGCGCGGCUAGAACCAUAGGUCCAGCCCUUGGCUCUAUCCUUGGAACAUUCUGUCUAUCAUUCUAUGUUAUUCCAGGGUUGGAUGUAGGACUUAAAGAGGGGGAUCCAGGAUGGCUUGGAGCCUGGUGGAUGGGAUUUAUCAUAAUAUCCGGACUCACUAUUUUCAUUGCUCCUUUCUUAGCUCUGUUCCCUGAGAGACUAGAGACGGAUGAGGAAACGGAUGCAGUGCGUCUGGAGAAACUAAACAAAGAACAGGAAGAUAAACCUCUGAAAGAAUACUUAACAGAAACUAAACUACGGAUUAUCAGAUUAGCUCGGAAUAAAGUUUGGGUUUACUCUAGUCUCUCAACAGUCGCUCUGCUCGCGGGAUUUAUAGGAUUUAUUACUUUUAUCCCUAAGGUUUUUGAGUUUGGAUUCCGGCAGAAAGCCUCCAGCACAGGAUCAUUCUCAGGGAUAGCAAAUGCACUGGGAACAUCAAUAGGAUUGAUCCUGAGUGGAUAUUUAAUCGGAAGAUAUAAGUUCAAAGCUCGAACUCUGCAGGCUUGGAACGUGUUUGUUGGGAUUAUUGCAAUUGUGGCAAUAUUCGCGAUUUUUCAGAUAAACUGUCCUACUGAGCUGGUUGUGUAUGAGGGAAAUUGCAGUAAUGAUUGUCUCUGUUCAGAGUCCAAGUUUGACCCUGUUUGCUCCGAAGACGGUGUAACUAUGUUCUAUUCUCCGUGUGGAGCAGGAUGCAGAAGUUCAAUCCCAAUUAAAAGCAGAGGAAAAAAGAGUAAGAAAAUAAAAAUGUACACUGAAUGUUCUUGUAUUGAACAAGCUGCCAGAGAUAUGAACGCCUCCAGAGUUGAGAAAUGGUGGGAUAAUAUAGAAGACGACGUUCCGUCUCCAAUCUCGGGAUUGAAUGCUGAAUCUGGUGGUGAAGACGGAUUAGAGGAGUUAAACCAAGUGGUUGAAGAAUCUAUCAUGAGUUCCGCUAUUGAAGGAUUCUGUCCAGCAGAUUGCAACAAAUCCUUCUAUAUUGUCA